AAAGAUCCACUGGGAAUAUCUUGGCGCACUGAUUUUAUCAAGGAGGAUCCUGAAUUGAAUUUGGAAAUGAAUGUAACUGAGAAUAUUGUGGAAACUUCAACAAGAUAUGCAUCUGAUAGUGCAAGAUUGACACAGAGCACUGGUGGGAGCUGUGGCAUAUCAUGUGAAGAAACACAACACCAACAGGAUGAGUUGGUGAGAGACAUGGAGAAGUCAACACACGAGUUUGGAACUGCUACAGAAGAUGUGACUGUUAAUAAAGAAUGCUCAGUUACCACACAAUAUGAAUGUAAUAUGAGGGGAAAGGAAUUACCUGUAUAUAGCUGUAAUUUCUGCCAACAGAGCUUUCCUUCAAAAUACAGACUCAUAAUUCAUGUGUUUAUGCACAUUGAUGGCACGCAACCACCUUUGUAUGUUUGUAAGUGGUGUGGUGAGGUAUUUCCUAGUAAUGUUAGUUUGAAAAAACAUUUGAGAAUGAGUGAGAAUUAUCAUGUUUUAACUGUUGGCAAUCACAAAAGAUAUGACUAUACUGAUGAGCAUCAAAGCAGUAUCUUCUUGGAUAGUGAGCCAGAAGUUCCUGUCACAGAACACAACGAGCUGAAUUCAUACAAGGAAACAUGGAAAGCUGCAGACAAGCCCGCUAAUGACACAUGUAAUGCAUACAUAACAAGUGAUGCCGAGAAAAAAAAUGAUGAUGCAAUUUUAUCUACAGCUGUUAAUGUCAGUGCCCAGGUUGAUCUAUUUGCUCCAAACAGAACUGACAAACGUGGUAUUUGUGGCAAAUUGAGUAGUAGGUCAGGUGAUCCGAAGGGAAAAGCAUACGUACACACUGUGAAAACACCUCACAAAUGUGAGAUUUGUGGGAAAUCUUUUUCUAGGUCGUGGAAACUCAAGAUACACACAGUAAUUCACACUGGAAAGAAACCUCACAAAUGUGAGAUUUGUGGAAAAUGUUUUGCUAGAUCAGAUACUCUCAAGGCUCAUGUAUUAAUUCACACUGGAAAGAAACCUCACAAAUGUGAGAUUUGUGACAAAUCGUUUUCUCGGUCAAGUACCCUCAUGACUCACUUCUUAAUUCACACUGGAAAGAAACUUCACAAAUGUGAGAUUUGUGGGAAAUCAUUUACUCAGCCAUGCUAUCUCAAGAGACAUGAAAUAAUUCACACUGGAAAGAAACAUCACAAAUGUGAGAUUUGUGGGAAAUCAUUUACUCAGCCAUCCUAUCUCAAGAGACAUGAAAUAAUUCACACCGGAAAGAAACUUCACAAAUGUGAGAUUUGUGGGAAAUCAUUUACUCAGCCUCGCUAUCUCAAGAGACAUGAAAUAAUUCACACUGGAAAGAAACCUCACAAAUGUGAGAUUUGUGGGAAAUCUUUUUCUAAGUCGUGGAGACUCAAGGCACACACAUUCAUUCACACUGGAAAGAAACCUCACAAAUGUGAGAUUUGUGGGAAAUCGUUUACCCAGCCAGACCAGCUCAAGAGACACGAAAUAAUUCACACUGGAAAGAAACUUCACAAAUGUGAGAUUUGUGGGAAAUCGUUUGCCCAGCCAGGCCAGCUCAAGAGACAUGAAAUAAUUCACACUGGAAAGAAACUUCACAAAUGUGAGAUUUGUGGGAAAUCGUUUGCCCAGCCAGGCCAGCUCAAGAGACAUGAAAUAAUUCACACUGGAAAGAAACUUCACAAAUGUGAGAUUUGUGGGAAAUCAUUUACUCAGCCAUACUAUCUGAAGAAACACGAAAUAAUUCACACUGGAAAGAAACCUCACAAAUGUGAGAUUUGUGGGAAAUCUUUUUUUAGGUCAGGCGAUCUCAAUAAACAUGUCUUCAUACACACCGGGAAAAGACCUUACAAAUGUGAUAUUUGUGGCAAAUCAUUUGUUAGAUCAGAUGACCUCAAGAGACAUGCAUUAAAACACAUUGGAAAGGGGCCUCACAAAUGUGAUAUCUGUGACAAAAGUUUCACUCAAUUGCGUACUCUUAAGACACAUGCAUUACUUCACAUCAGAAAGAAACUGCAAGUAAGUGUUAGUUUUUGCAAGUAGAUUUUCCUUGUUCGUGCCCUCAAGGUCUAUAAAAUAAUGGAUGGGGCAGGGCGACAAUAAAUUGUAAUGCCUGUGAAAUAACAUUAAAAUGUGAUAGAAUUGGGAAAAAAAGUGCAACAAUGUGUGCUAUAGAGCGGUAAGAGAUCAUGUGACAAUAUAAAAAUACAUAUCUGAACCUUGAUAUGGUAGGAAAUUGUAUUACUAAAUACUCCAGAAACGUGAAUCAAAUGUGGUUUUGUCAAUUAACACUGAUCCAUUUUCCUAUCAAUCCUGAGACAAGAAAAUUGUGAAUUGUGAUAAAUUCUUAACUUUGUCAGUAACCAUAAGUACCAUGCAAUAUUAAGUAUAAGGCCAAGGAAAUGUGAUGACGUGCUGCGUAUUAUUCCAAACAUGGUCAUUAAGUAGUACUUGUAACUCUACAUUUUAGGAACAGUGACAGCAAAAAUAUAUUAAUGGCACUUCCUUCACAAAGACUAGUAAACUCAACAAUGGAGGAACAUGAUUAUGGCAAUUAUUUUACUCAAGUAUGUUUUCUCAAGGGAUUUGCUGUGUGUGUCAUUGAUAGUGUGUAUAUUUGUGUUCUGUUACUAUUAAUCCUGCAUUAGUAAACGUAACAACAAAUAUAACAACCUGCUUAAUAGCAUGUUUGUCCAGCUGUGGAACACAAUACAGUGACAAUUCUACAUGAUAUGGACUUGAUAUGUCUUUUACAUACUUCUAGAUGUAUGUUGCACCAGUUGUAUUCCACACGUUCAGAUCAGCUAAAUGGUGUGGUUCAGACAUAAUUGCUAGUUACCAUGGUACUUAGACCACUGUGGUCGGAAAGAUUCCUUCACCAUUGGAGAGCACAUCAGGCAUGAAUGAAUCUAUGCAGUUGCAAUAAAGAUCACAUAGACUGCAACUCUCAUGCCGCCAUUGAUUACUAUCAGAUGUCCCAAAGGAGUCCAACUGACUGCCCCAUAGCAUAAUGGACCCUCCAUCUGGUGCCAUCCACCUAGAUGAUAGCAUAUCUGGACUUGGCAACCGACCUGGUGUAACAGGAAAUGUCACCCGCCCUGUUAGUUGACAUUUGCAUUGGUCUUCAUUCCAGCAUCAAUGAUCCCUUGCUCACCACAGUUGCAACUGAACAUUUUGGUGGAUUGGUAUGGAAACAUACACUGACCAUAUGUUGCGGAGCCCCACAUUCAACAAUGUGCAUUGAAUUGUGUGUUCAAAAACGUGUGUGGCUGCUCCAACAUUGUUUUAUGUCAUUAGAUAUGGCAUUUAUUGCCACAUGUCCAGCUCUAGAGAGCAGGCAAGCUUCUGACCUCCAAGAUUUGAUGAAGUAUAGAUAACCUUUUCAUAAGGUUAUGGAUUUAUCACCUUUCUGCCACUUUCCACAGAUGUUCACAACAGUAGCAUAGAUCCAGCCAACCAGCUUCACCACUGUGAGGUGCUAGUUCCCAACAGCAAUGCUACUGUAACUUGCCCUUCGCUAAAGUCACUUAUGUCAUUGGCUUUACAUGCUAGCAACCCAUCUAAUUGGAUGAACAAUUCCUUGUUAAUCUUUGGUCUGCUUACUUGUAAUGUGCUUAAUGUAUCAUGUGCAUACAACAUCUGGCAUUCAGGCUCCCAAUGGGCAGUAUUCAUGACAUUUUUGCUCAUCAGUGCAUCUUCAUGUGAUAGGUCAGAUGCUAAAAUGUGUAAUCUAACAAAUUCAUUGUACUUGGUUGCCUUUUAAACCAGUGAAUGAUAACUAUUUUUCUUGUGAAAUUUUCUUGUUUCACAAAGUUCUGUACAUAAUUAAGAGAUAAUGUAGAUAAGUGUUAUGCACCAAAGCUCUUUUAAGUAUUUGCUCAGCAUUUAAUACUGUGUAAAUUCUACACGAAAUUAAAUAGAUAAACAAACAUUUGGUGUUCUGAUUCGAUUCCAGUUAUCUGUAUACACAAGAACAACACUUGGGAGAACUUAGAACAUGAGUACUAAAUAUUUCUUGUGUUGUAUUCAAUGAUGU